AUGGCGUCCUCAGCCUCAAAACGCCUCUUCAAAGAAUACAAAGGACUAUCCUCAGACGCACCGGAGGGCAUCACAGCGGGACCUGUCUCAGAAGAUGACAUGUUCACGUGGGAAGCGCUGAUACAAGGGCCUGAGGGGACGCCUUUUGAAGGCGGGAUAUUUCUGGCGGAACUCAAGUUUCCGAAAGACUAUCCGCUGGCGCCGCCGAAGAUGAAGUUCUUGGUGGAUAUGUGGCAUCCAAAUGUAUAUCCUAGUGGUGAAGUGUGCAUAUCUAUCCUUCACCCUCCGGGCGACGACCCGCACCACUACGAGCAGGCUAGCGAGCGCUGGUCGCCGAUCCAAAGUGUCGAGAAGAUACUGAUAAGUGUGAUGAGUAUGUUAGCAGAGCCGAAUGACGAGAGCCCGGCGAAUGUGGAUGCCGCGAGGAUGUGGAGAGAGCGGAGGGCGGAUUACGAGAAGUUGGUUAGGGAUAAUGUGAGGAAGAGUUUGGGGCUAUGA